UGCUGUGUGGUGCAGCUUCCACCACGCAGUGUGCGCGCUUCGUGCUGCCCUGUGCAGGGGCUGCAAUGGAACCAAGCCCCUGAGCAAUUGCAUCGCGCUGCUGUGAGAAAAGCUUCUAGAGAAAUACUGAAGAAUUGAACAGUAACCAGGACUGAAAAAAUACAAUGGACGCAGACUUCUUAAAUGCGUUUACACAGCCUGCUGCUCUUAAUAAAUUCCUCGUUGAGAAUGUCAUCACUCCAGGAGAGAAGAGGAAACUCAUAAAACCCACCUCAAGCAACAAUCCCAAACUGGAGGAAUUAAAACUGCUGCUGAUUGACUGGAUUAACACGACUCUGAAAGAGGAGCACAUAGUAGUGAAAAGUUUGGAAGAAGAUCUGUAUGAUGGGCUGGUACUUCAUCAUCUCUUGGAAAAUCUAGGAUCUCUCAAGCUGGAUGUUGACAAGAUAGCAUUAACAGAAAAAAAACAGCGUCAGAAACUCUCUGUGAUUCUGGAAGCUGUGGCUAAGUGUUUGCAACUGGAAGAAAGUCAGCUGAAAUGGAGUGUGGAAGCGAUUUUAGCAAAGGAUUUACUGAGCACACUGCAUCUUCUGGUCGCAAUAGCAAAGCACUUCCAACCCAGUCUGGCUUUUCCUCCAAAUGUUCAUGUGGAAACAAUCACUUUUGAGAACACCUCCAAAGGAUUAAAGACAGCAAAUGGGGUGGAAUAUAUCACAGGAAGCAAAGAGAAUUCAGAAGAGCAGUCAACGGAUGAUGCCUUUGAUGAAUUAUUUAGCCGUGCUCCUGAAAGACUGGAUGAUGUAAAAAAGGUGUUUUUGCAGUUCGUCAACCAGCAUGUUGGAAAAUUGGGAUUAAAUGUGAAAGACAUGGAAUCUCAGUUUGCAGAUGGAGUUAUUUUACUUCUGUUAAUUGGACAACUAGAAGGUUAUUUUCUGAAUUUAAGGGAUUUCUUUCUGACUCCAGCUAGCACCACAGAGAUGCUUCACAAUGUUAACCUUGCAUUGGACUUGCUAACGGAUGGAGGUCUUCUCAAUUUUUCUGUGAACUCUGAAGAUAUUGUGAAAGGAGAUCUGAAGACUACAAUGAGGGUUCUGUAUUGCUUGUAUUCCAAAUACAAGGCUAAAGAAACAUGAAGAACAAGGCCAAGAGCUUAGAUUGCCUCUUUUUCUUCUUUUUCCACCUCUCUCCUUUUCUUCUUUUUUUGUGCUAGCAUGUCAUGGUCUGGUUUUUGGAUUCCCAGCUCUGCCACUGUGUAUGUGCAUACACUUGUGUGUGACACUUGCUGUAUUAACACUGCAUAUGCGAGUAUGUAUAGAUGGCCUGAAUAACUGGAAGUAUGUGCAUAUCCAGGGCCAGUGAAUUGUGUAAUUCUUUGACUGGAGCAACAGUUUGUUCCAACUGAGAUCUAUGAUGCUGCAAGGAAGUGUAAUGUGUGCUUGUUUGAGACUCCAGAUUCUUUGCUCCUGGAGAUGAACGUGGAAGCUGUUAUUGCAACCUCCCCACUUUUUUGCUUCUUAUUUACUCUGAAGAGGGAGAAGGCCCACCAUAGCAUCUCUGGGAAGGUUAAAGAUACUAUAGAAGUUCAGUUUACACAAGUGGUCACCUGUUGUCAGAUGGAGCAUUUGUACCGGACACCAGAAGAAUAAGUAGUCAAAAUGAAGUUGGCAUUUACCAUAGAAUUUGAUGAAAGUUUCAUCACUUGCCUUCUCUGGAAAAGGGACCAAGGAUUACAUGCUGCCAUGAGACUGCAGUAACCAAAGGGAUCUCCUGCAUAGCUGUGGAAGAAUGCCAUGGUUUCCUUGACAAGUUAAUGCCAAACUGGACAGCUCCAGCCUGUUGCAACCCUAAUGUAAUGUGUUACUGGUGGGAAUGCUGAUUGCCACACUGGGCACUUUACAGAAGAGAUUGAUGUGACUGCAUUUCCCUCCAGACAGAGGUGGUAGAUGCUGGUCAAUUCUACAGCUGGUAGAAGUAGAGGCCAUCAUGGAUGUGUGGAACAAAACUCUCAGUUUCUGCCACUUCCAACAGCAUACUCAUGCUGGGAGCUUUCAAACUCCCCUGGGACCCUCUUAGCAGUGUUUGUCUGACAACAGUCCCCACGCAUUCCAUCAGGACCCUCUGCCUGCAGCCUGCUAACAUGUCGUGUGAACUGUAACCCUUCUCUUUCUCUGGUGUUUUAAAUCAGAACUCUUUCAAAACCUCUGUCUGCUCCCCUAACCUUAACGUUAUGUCAUGUUUGUAUUGCAUAAAGCUCGAGAUGUAAUUAAAAGAAAGUUUUGAUAUUAUUUUGGCUUCUCUCUAAGCUGAUUUAAUUUCGUGCAGUCGGUGACUCUGAUACUUGAUCUCCGAUCCAAUCCUCCAACUGUGUAGUAGUGGGAAACUGAAGCGAGCUGAGUGUGAGUGGUGACAUUUAAAGAUGAGAAUUUGUUGUGUCUCAUUCCUGAUCACCCAGCCAAAGAAAGAUCCUUAGAUAGCAAUAAUGAGAAGUCUUUAAGUCCUUCCUUUGAAAGUGGUAAUAAUGCACAGCGGCUAAAGGAAAGCAUUCUACGAUGUAAUCCCUUUUGUGCUAAUAAUAAUCUCAUUAUGUCUUUACGGAGGAAAAAUCCAGUGUGUGUUGCCAAUGAACUACAAGAUCAAGUUGCUUCCCUAGCAAAAGUUGUAUUUGCUAUUUCUAAAGAUUUAAGUGAGAAAUACUUGUUUUCUCAUGUGCAGUUCUCUUAUGUCUCUUGCUUUAUUCCUUAAUGGGACUCAAGCAAUUGGCUUAAAGUUUUGUUCUUGCUUUGCAGACCCCUUCUGCAGAGGCUGUAACUUUGCAAUUGUGCAGUAAGUCUUUGCUGGGCAAAUAAAAUGGGGAUGUUGUUGAUGGAGGGCAGGAGCAAGAGGCAGGAGUGCCUCUGGCCAGGGCAGAUGCAGCGCUACCUCCUCCACCAAGGAGCUUAACCUGAAUUUCCUCCCCACUGCUGGUGACCACAAGUUGUUUCCAGUGUAUGGCGUUUAUACAGCCUCUGGGCUGUGUUGUGGGAUGAAUUGCUGCUGCCCAGCUAGGUGGAUGUCAGGGCUCGAGGAAAUGCAGAUUUUUCUUGGCAUGCUUAGAGAUUUAUGGUUUACUCCUCUGGUAUAAGUAAGUCUGGUGCUUGUGUUUCUGCAGAUUCCUACUGGGGGAAGUUUGGUUCUUGGUAUUUAAUAGAAUGGGACGUAUGCUCUUCCCAACAUCAGUUUGUCUAAACCCUGUUAUAAACAAGUCAUUCCUUUGAAAAUAUUCCAGGGAAAAAAUGACAACUAAUAUGCCUGAAUCAAAAAUACUGCAAGAUUGAAUAUGAACAUUUUAAUCUUCUUUUUUUUUUUUUUUUUUUUUUAAUGCAGCAAGCCAAUUUAUAACACACUUGACGUCUCUGAAUGCUUUGAUAAAAAGCCUGUGUUUGAUUACUAAAAUACACUGCAGAAUAUUACUAAUCCAUCAUGCAGGCACCCGUUUCAUAGUCCAGUUCAGAAUACUCAAGAAUACGCUAUUUACAUUUGAGGUAUAGUCACAGACUUUGCAUAGUUUAAAUUGUAAAAACAGAUUUAUGGAGAUUAUUCCAAAAGUAUGAUGCUGGAGAAAAUGGGAAUAUGUAAUAUUGUUCUCCGAUGUUAUUUUUGCCUUACAUCAAAAUAUCUUGUUUUUCUUUUCUGUUAGAAGUAUAAGUUAAUGAAAAAUAAAGCUGCUUACUGUUUAAUCUGGCAAAUAAACUGUGAUCAUUUGAAUGAA